AUAAUGAAACUAACAAAACAAGCUUAAACCAAUAAUAUUACAAAUUAUUACAGUUUACAAUAAUUGGUUUUACUAACAAUCCAAACAAAGAUUGAACCAUGAGUACAACUCAGAAAUCCGAACAGCCAGGUAAUGCAGUUUUGAGCCCCGAUCAUCCGCUGUUGCAAACAUUUCAAGCGGCUCUCAAGGAGCAUUUUUUGUCUCAGAUUAAUUGUUUGAAAAACGAGAUUUUUGAGUGCGAAACUGAAAGCAAAAAGAAAAAUGAAGAAACGGAACAAAUUGCAGUGCAGGCUCAUGAAGUACAGCAAAUGGUUUGCCAGCAUCACAAAUCUUUGGAAGAGCUGAUAAACAAUGUUCAAACUAUAGUAGCUGCUAGGCAAGAAGUAGAAAACAAAUUACAAGAGAAAAAGUUAACAUUCAAAAAAGCCAACGAAGAAUUAUUGGAACAUGAAAAAUUAAAUUUGGAUCUUCAAAACGAAAUUAGCAGUGUGAAUUUGUUGAUUAGCCAAAUAUCUGAAUGGGAGACAAAAAUCGAGUCAGAGCUGACAGUGAAUCAACGUAUCGCCGCAAAAGCCCGCAAAGAUAAUUUGAAAUUUUCCGAAGAAAAACGAAAGCAAGAUGUUCGGAUUUACAAUUUAAUGCGCACAAUUUGGAAAUUGCAAGCUGAAAUCGACACUAUGAACAUGCAAUUAAAACUAAAGGAAACUGAAAGAGAAGAACUGGAACAAACAGUAGCACUGGGUAACACAAAUCUCGAGGCUCUACAGGCCGAACAGCGUUGUUUAAUGCAUUCCUGGAGUUCUGUGGUGGUAGCCAUAGGAAACAGAGAUCGCAUUGUUGAAAAUUUGGUAGCCGAAAUAAAUAAAGUACAAGAGGAAACAAAAGCUAAAAUAUCCGAAAUGGACCAAAUAAAGAAACUAGCAAAAAAAGAAAUGAACGAAAAUCAACGUUUAGCCAUUAUCAAAGCUAGAGCGGAGCUAGAUAUCAGUAACUGUAAACGUUUGUUAGAUGAAGAAUCCAUGAAAUAUAAUGAGUUUGCUAAAGAUAUAUCAGAAUUGCAAGCAAUUGUAGAACAAACCGAUUCUGAUGUUCAUAAUUUAAGUGAGGAAGUUUAUCAGAAAGAACUAGCAAUAAGCAAUUUAACAAAAGAGGUUCAUAAAAUCAAUUCUACAAAGUUUGAAUUAGAAAAGCAACUUUUGGGGACUUUGGAGGUUAAAGCCGCAAAUGAUACAGUUUGCGAGAGUUUGUAUCGACAACUCAAUUCGUUGAAAGAAAAAGGCAAAGAUCUCGAAAUUAUAAUGACUGAAGCGGAAAAUAAGCUAAGCAAAUCGCUUUCUCAAAUGGAAACUGAAAAAUAUAAUAAUGAAGGAAGAGAAAUGAAUUUGACUGAAAUGAAAAAACUGAAGAAUGAUUUAGAGAAAGAAGCUGAUAGUAUCGAAGUUGAAAAGAACAAAUAUCAAAUGGCACUUAUGAAAAAAGAAAAUCAUAUCACCGAACUUAGCGACAAACUAGAAAAAACACUAGAAAAAAUGCAAAUAAAAAUUUUAUUAUCCCCCCAAGAAAUACGCCUCAACUCUCUAGAAAAACAAAUCAAAGAAACCCAAGAUAAAAUAAAAGAUUUACAAAUAUUUUGGAUGAGAGAGGAAAGGAAUGUACUGAGCAUGUCCCAAGAAAAACAAGAACAAAUCCAGAAACUCAAUCUUUUGAAAAAGGAAAAUUUUAUAUUGCAACAGAAAAAUUUAAAAAUUAGCCAAGAAAUUGAAAAUUACAAAAAACAAGAAGAAAAAACUUUACACAAUAUCAACCAUCUACAAAAUAAAACAAGCAUUUUAUGUGAUCAGUUAAAUAAAAAGAAAAACACAAAAAUUAAUUUGGAUAAAACAAAUUAUCAUCUACAAUUUGAGUUCGAUGGCAAGUUAAAAGAAGCCGAAUUAGAAUAUCUCAAAAUCGAGGCAGAUAUAGCCGAAAUAGAAGAACAAAAAAUAGCUCUUAGCAAGAAAUUAAUAGAAAUAAAUCGAAAAGCUUUAGAAUGGGACAAAAAAGUAAAACUAGUCAACGAGACUAAAGCAGAAAUGCGGGGCUCGCAAGGACCAUCAAGCGAAAUAAUAAAUAUGAAACAAGAAAUACAAAGAAUGAAUGUAAUUUACAGUCAAUUAAAAAAAGCCCAAGAAAAAAUCGUUAAAGAUUUAGAACUUUGCGUGAUUAGGCGAGAUGCCAUUUUUACAGUGGCAAACGCCAGACAGACCAAAUCUAAAGCAUCAGAACAAAAAUUGCGCAUCAAUAACACUAGAAAAAUGGACGAUCUACGAAAUAAAAUCAAACAAAUUCAAAAUGAAAUUAAAAACAUCAAAGAAAAAAGUGCCAGCGUUGAAGCCCAAAUACGACUUAUCGAACAUGAAAUCCAAAAGACCAAGGACGAUAUCAGCUUCGAUGAAAACUACGAAAAAUCUUUGAGGGAUGAAAUUGAAACAUCGAAAACACAAAGACAGUUGAAAUUUGAAAUAUUGGUAAUAUUGCAAAGGAAAUUGAAUAUGUACAGGGAAUUGGCUGCCAAUAGACAACCGUAUUUGCACACUAAAAGGCACAACCUACAAGCGGAAUAUGAAUAUCAUAAGGACUUGAAUAAUAGGCUUUGCACUAUUUUGAAAAAUCUUUUGUCGGAUUUUCCGAAUCAUUUUCAUUUAUUUACUCGAUUAUAUAAUACGGUGUCGAUCAGUAAGUACUUUGGGAAUCUGGAAAUUGGAAGUCAGUAGGAAUUUUAUUUGUUUCGUUGUGGGUCCUACAGAAAUUUCUUUAUUUCUUUUAUCAAUUUAUUUAAACACUUUAUAAGCACUACUUUUUAAUGUAUCCACAUUUUUGAACAGUUAUAUACUAGUUCCUAUGUGAAUAUGUUAUUAAUCGUGGGGAUGAAGCCAGUUCUAGUUCCUAUGUGACGUUUUUUUUGUUUUUUUUUUCGGUUAUUAUGCCUGGGGUAAAAGACAAAUUGAAAUGCUGAUCAACUCUAAUCAUCAUAAUGAUCUUUGUGAAAAUCUUGGACUCUGACUAGUAUUCCGUCCUAAUUUCUUGGCCUGUGUAUAGUUGCACGUCGGUCUCUGCUUUUCAUUUCAUAUAAACUUUGUGCAACAACUUGAGGCUUCCAUUCUUUCCAUCCUGAUACCUGCGCUUCUAAUGAACUUCCAUCUCCCACUUCCCACUUAUUUUUCAAUUAUUGUGAUAACUAGGUACCUACUUAUUAAGUUUCUCCUUCUAAUACUAACUACCAUAAUUUAAACUCAUUCAGGAUGGCUGAAAUUCUGUGGAACUGGUUCCAGUAUAGAAUGUUCUAAUGACAUCUUUCACCAUUUAGCACACAAGUUUGAACUUUUUUGUCAUUAUUAUUUUUGUGUGUUUGAUCAAUAUAGAUUAAUAGGUAAUUGUGGUGAAUACCGAUGUAGAAAUACUUUUAUAUUUUUCUUAAAUAAAGUGAUAUACCUAUAUAAUAUAAACGUUUUUGUUUUUGAUGAUGCUGUACCUAUACGUAAAAAGUUUACUUAUAG